AUGCAUGCUUCUAAUAAACAAGUAUCGAUUGAUCUAUACAUGAUGGGAUUAGACAAGCUUCUUUCUUCUUUACCAGUGGACUCGGACCCUAUGUUAAAAAAGAGCUUGGAACAAAAGCUAGUCGAAUUUAAAAGGAGAGCUGGUCUCGUUCUGUUGGAUGCAGAAGAAAAGACAUCUUUGUCUGAACAACAGAAAGCAUUAGGUGGUCUUUCUGAAUUGGUCAUUCAUGCUGCUGUCUUAUCUGCUAUCGCAGUUAAAAAGAGUCCUCUUCCUGGAUUAGCCAAAGCCAUUGAACUUGAUCAACAUACCCAAGCACAUCAAUGGGUUGCUCAAUUAUUUUAUCUAGGUAGUACAGCCAUAUUAAAAGCAGGUAUUGCAUACGCCGAAGCAGAAUAA